AUGCAGCGUGCGUUGACAAGGGCUUCGGUCUCUUCCCCGCUCGCGGCCGCCCGGGUUCGGUCAACCCAGCAGCUCCGUUUCGCGCACAAGGAGCUCAAGUUUGGCGUCGAGGGCCGUGCCGCCCUGCUCAACGGUGUCGAGACCCUCGCUAAGGCCGUGGCGACCACCCUUGGCCCUAAGGGACGCAAUGUUCUCAUAGAAUCCAGUUUCGGCUCCCCGAAGAUCACCAAGGGUACCUGGACUAACCCCGCCACAGAUGGUGUGACCGUCGCGAGGGCCAUUUCCCUCAAGGACAAGUUCGAGAACCUCGGUGCCAAACUCCUCGCCGAUGUUGCCUCCAAGACCAACGAGGUUGCCGGUGACGGUACCACUACCGCAACUGUCCUGGCCCGUGCCAUUUUCUCCGAGACCGUCAAGAAUGUGGCUGCUGGCUGCAACCCCAUGGACCUCCGCCGCGGUAUCCAGGCCGCCGUCGAGUCUGUUGUCGAGUACCUUCAGAAGAACAAGCGCGACAUCACUACCAGUGCUGAGAUCGCCCAAGUUGCCACCAUCAGCGCCAACGGAGACGAGCACAUUGGUGCCCUGAUCGCGAACGCGAUGGAGAAGGUCGGCAAGGAGGGUGUCAUCACAGUGAAGGAGGGCAAGACCAUGCAGGAUGAGCUUGAAGUCACUGAGGGCAUGCGCUUCGACCGUGGCUUCGUCUCCCCCUACUUCAUCACCGACGCCAAGGCCCAGAAGGUCGAGUUCGAGAAGCCCCUGAUCCUUCUGUCCGAGCAAAAGAUCUCGGCCGCUGUUGACAUUAUUCCGGCACUGGAGAUCUCCAACAAGCUCCGCCGCCCGCUCGUAAUCAUUGCCGAGGACUUUGAGGGCGAGGCUCUUGCAGUCUGCAUUCUCAACAAGCUGCGUGGCCAGCUUGAGGUUGCGGCCGUCAAGGCCCCUGGCUUUGGCGACAAUCGCAAGUCUAUCCUGGGCGACAUUGCCGUCCUGACAAACGGCACCGUCUUCACCAACGAGCUCGACAUCAAGCUCGAGAAACUGACUCCUGAUCUUCUCGGUACCACUGGUUCCAUUACUAUCACAAAAGAGGAUACCAUCAUCCUCAACGGCGAGGGCAGCAAGGACGCCAUUGCCCAGCGCUGCGAGCAGAUCCGCGGCGUCAUGGCUGACGCCACCACCUCUGAGUAUGAGAAGGAGAAGCUCCAAGAGCGUCUCGCCAAACUCUCUGGUGGUGUUGCCGUCAUCAAGGUUGGCGGUUCCUCCGAGGUCGAGGUUGGCGAGAAGAAGGACCGCUUCGUCGAUGCUCUCAACGCCACUCGUGCUGCCGUCGAGGAAGGUAUUCUCCCAGGUGGUGGCACUGCGCUCAUCAAGGCUUCGUGCAACGCCCUUGAUGACCUUAAGCCUGCCAACUUUGACCAGCAGCUCGGUGUCAGCAUCAUCAAAAACGCCAUUACCCGCCCCGCGCGAACCAUUGUCGAGAACGCCGGUCUCGAGGGUUCCGUUGUCAUUGGCAAGCUCAGCGACGAGUACGCCGCCGAAUUCAACAAGGGGUUCAACAGCGCCAAGGGCGAGUACGUCGACAUGAUCCAGGCCGGCAUCCUAGAUCCCCUCAAGGUCGUCCGUACCGGUCUUGUUGACGCCAGCGGCGUUGCCUCGCUCCUUGGCACCACGGAGGUCGCGAUCGUGGAGGCGCCCGAGGAGAAGGGCCCCGCCGGUGUGGGCGGUGGCGGCAUGGGCGGCAUGGGCGGCAUGGGCGGUAUGGGCGGUAUGAUGUAA